CAUCUCUUGAUUUUUUUUUGGCAGUUUUUACAGAUUAAAAGCACGUGUCCACUGUCAUGAAUAGUAAUCAUGCAUGAAUGUAUCUAUGUAUGUAUGUAUGCAGAUGAACAAGUCUCUUUGGGAAUCAAACGGCCGUAGCCAUCGCCAUUAAACAAAUGCAAGUUGAGAUAUAUUACUUUACUUUCUCCUGUCAUGUCGACAUAACCCAAGUUGAAGAUCACUUCAAGGCUCCAACUUGUUUCUAUAAAUGUUCAGUGGAUAAGGAUGAGAGAGAGAGAGAGAACGCCAUCUCCAAAUUCCAGUUCAGACAACCCUCUGUAAGAGCCGUGUUCCGGGUUUCUUUAUAUACCUAAAAGAUCUCAGCUUUUUUCCUUCAGAUAUCGCUGAAAAAUGGCUACAGUCGAAGAGAUCUCUGCUAUGGAGUUUAUGCAGACGCAUCUGUUUGAAGAUUUCAAGAUCCCUGACGGCUCCAUUGAAGACUUUGACUUUGACUCUUUCAUCUCCGGCCUCUGGUCUGUAGAACCCGUGAAUCCAGUUCCUAAAGAAGAGCCUGGUUCACCGGUUCUUGACCUGGAAGCUCAAUCAUCGUCGUCAUCAUCGUCGUCGGCACCUGUUCUUUCAGACAUGAAAACAUCACCUGUAAGUGUCUCAGCUCAAAAAACAGAAAUGGGGUUUGAAGAGACAAGAAGACAUUACCGAGGCGUGAGGAGAAGGCCGUGGGGGAAAUUUGCUGCAGAGAUUAGGGAUCCGGCCAAGAAAGGGAGCAGAAUCUGGUUAGGCACGUUCGAGACUGACAUUGAUGCUGCAAGAGCUUAUGACUGUGCAGCAUUCAAGCUCAGGGGCAGGAAAGCCAUACUCAACUUCCCUCUGGACGCCGGAAAAUACGAUGCUCCGGCGAAUUCUAGCCGGAAAAGGAGGAGAGCGAAUGGCUCAGCCUCUCAGAGCAGCUUGUCCUCGUCAACUGAUGGAGAUACCAUAAGUGAUGCAUAGUAACUCUCUAUCUAAGUGGUUGCAGGAUUAUGAAUAUAGAUCAAGGUGUAGAGACAAGAAAUUGUAUAUAUACAAGAAAUGGAUUAAGACUCCAUUUACCCAAAAAAAAAAAACGAAGAUGCGUGUGCUGAAUAAAAUCUUAAUGAGCCUUCUCUUGUUCUGGUU